CGCUCUUGGGGGUCGGCCUUCCUCUCCCGCUUCCGCCUGGCGAAGGAGCUGAGGCAUGGCCUUCUUCUCCAGCUGAGAGGACGAUCGUCCUUAUAGGAGAGCCCGAGUCUCGGAGGGCAAUUUCGGAGGGAAGCAGAGACUUUCAAGGAACAAGGAAAUGCAUACUAUGCCAAGAAAGAUUACAAUGAAGCUUAUAAUUAUUAUACAAAAGCCAUAGAUAUGUGUCCUAAAAAUGCUAGCUAUUAUGGUAAUCGAGCAGCCACCUUGAUGAUGCUUGGAAGGUUCCGGGAAGCUCUCGGAGAUGCACAACAGUCAGUGAGGUUGGAUGACAGUUUUGUCCGGGGACAUCUACGAGAGGGCAAGUGCCAUCUCUCUCUAGGAAAUGCCAUGGCAGCAUGUCGCAGCUUCCAGAGAGCCCUAGAACUGGAUCAUAAAAAUGCUCAGGCACAACAAGAGUUCAAGAAUGCUAAUGCAGUCAUGGAAUAUGAGAAAAUAGCAGAAACAGAUUUUGAGAAGCGAGAUUUUCGGAAGGUUGUUUUCUGCAUGGACCGUGCCCUAGAAUUUGCCCCUGCCUGCCAUCGCUUCAAAAUCCUCAAGGCAGAAUGUUUAGCAAUGCUGGGUCGUUAUCCAGAAGCACAGUCUGUGGCUAGUGACAUUCUACGAAUGGAUUCUACCAAUGCAGAUGCUCUAUAUGUACGAGGUCUUUGCCUUUAUUAUGAAGAUUGUAUUGAGAAGGCAGUUCAGUUUUUCGUACAGGCUCUCAGGAUGGCUCCUGACCAUGAGAAAGCCUGCAUUGCCUGCAGAAAUGCCAAAGCACUCAAAGCAAAGAAAGAAGAUGGGAAUAAAGCAUUUAAGGAAGGAAAUUACAAACUAGCAUAUGAACUGUACACAGAAGCCCUGGGGAUAGACCCCAACAAUAUAAAAACAAAUGCUAAACUCUACUGUAAUCGGGGUACGGUUAAUUCCAAGCUUAGGAAACUAGAUGAUGCAAUAGAAGACUGCACAAAUGCAGUGAAGCUUGAUGACACUUACAUAAAAGCCUACUUGAGAAGAGCCCAGUGUUACAUGGACACAGAACAGUAUGAAGAAGCAGUACGAGACUAUGAAAAAGUGUAUCAGACGGAGAAAACAAAAGAACACAAACAGCUCCUAAAAAAUGCACAGCUGGAACUGAAGAAGAGUAAGAGGAAAGAUUACUACAAGAUUCUGGGAGUGGACAAGAAUGCCUCUGAGGACGAGAUCAAGAAAGCUUAUCGGAAACGGGCCUUGAUGCACCAUCCAGAUCGGCAUAGUGGAGCCAGUGCUGAGGUUCAGAAGGAGGAGGAGAAGAAGUUCAAGGAAGUUGGAGAGGCCUUUACUAUCCUCUCUGAUCCCAAGAAAAAGACUCGCUAUGACAGUGGACAGGACCUAGAUGAGGAGGGCAUGAAUAUGGGUGAUUUUGAUCCAAACAAUAUCUUCAAGGCUUUCUUCGGCGGUCCUGGAGGCUUCAGCUUUGAAGCAUCUGGUCCAGGGAGUUUCUUUUUUCAAUUUGGCUAAUGAAGGGCAACCACCCAGAACCCAGAAAAUGCAGAUUCACUCAGUUUAAUCUUGAAUGUGGAAACAGUUCACCUCCUCCCUUCAUCACGUCUCCAUGUACUUAGAGCAGUUUCGUUUUCUCAGUUGGAUGCCCUGUGUCUCUGUGAGUGGGGUGGAGCAAAGGGAACCAAUGCCGAAGACCGCGGGCAGGGGAGGGAGGCGGGGGUGGACAGGGAGGCAGCUUGUGAAUUUUUGUUUUACUGUUUAACUUUAUUAAAAAAGAAAAAAAAAAAGAAGAGAAUAAAAUGUUUUGACCCUUUCUGGCCCUUUGCUCUGGCAUCUGCUUUGUCUCCAUAGUCUGUGAGCCAGAGCUGAGCCCGACCUGGACUUGGGGUGCAGCAAGCUGCCACAGGUAGGCUGUGAGCACCGAGCCUAGUGGCAGGUGGGGCACUCUGCCUCUCCCAGACCUGUCCCACAUGUGAGUGCUAGGCAGGCCCUGGCUGUGCCGCUGGGCCCAGCCUGACAUCAGUCACGAAGAAGCGAGUUCAGAAAGCAUGCUCACCUUACAGUGGGGCCCCAGAAAUCACUAGAAGCUGUGUGCGUCCAAAGCUCAGGUGGGUACUGACCUAGACAGGGCAGUUUACUUACAAAGGCUCUCUCAGUUCCUGUUGCAGUGUGGGUUCGAGGGAGAUGGUAGACAGAGAUAAAACCCUGCCUCUUGACCCCCAGACCUGUUUGAAGUGGGACGGGUGGCUCCAGAGCUCUGGUCUGGCCACUCACUAUUUUUAGCAAAAGCCCCUGGCCUUCUCUGCUCCCUUUCUGCGUGCAGGAGACACGCUGCUCACGGAUGCAGCGGCAUGUACCAUGCUGUCCUGUCAAGCAUGGUGUUCAAUGUGAGUAGCCUUCCCAGGAGCUCCAGACAGAGACUUGAAGCUCUAGCUGAAGCUCAGAGAUGGCCAGGGACAGGCCUUGACCUAGAAAGGUAACUUAGGAUUUCUCUUCAUCUGAGCUCCUGCCCCUUUCUUUCAAGUCUUCCCCGGCUGGUGCCUUAGCCAUGGUGAAAUGAUGCCUGAGUCAGGCCUGGGAAGUUUCCCUUGUGGCUGACUAGGCCUCUAAUGGCCUGGAAGGGAAUCAAAUGUUAGGUCUUCCCUGAUGCUUGAAGUUGCAGUGACCUACAGGUGGCCUUCCCUAGAGAACUGGGAGAAACCCAUACCAGGAGCUUCAGGUCUUACUGAGAUCUUUCUGAUCCAGUGGGCUGGGGACACCUGUGGGCCUGGUGCCCUGGUUAAUGGGGGAUGAGAGGCUUUUGUGCUCCAUGUCCCUCAUACCCAGCCAACCCCCACCUUCUGUAUGAGUCUGAGGCCAGCCUCUGCUUUCUGCCUCCUCAUGAAAGCCAACACUGUUCAGCUGCCCAACCUCACCACAGCUGUGCCCGGCCAGCAGAGGGGAGACAGGACCGAUGGCCCCAAGCUGUGGGACAAAGCCAGUCCUAAUACACCCAGCCCUAGGGAAGACUGAGCUGGGCACAGAAGGGUAAGAGAGACUGCACACAGCUAGGAUUAACAUGAUUUAUUUCAUUAUCAGUCUUACAAGUUGCUGAGGUUGGGCAAAGCCAGGAUAGUAACUUAAAUCCAAAGUACUUUUGUUGAGUGACAACCUGAUUAGCAAGGCCCUGUUACUGAACAGAGGGCAGUGGAGGGCACCCCAGGAACCACAGCACAUAGACCAGUGUUAGAAACCCCUUCCCAGAAGCAACCGGUGGGACUUGGCCCUUACCAGCCAGGGGUCUACUCCACUGGCUCUUGGUGCCCACCAGCCCCCGUUAGAGGAGGCCCAGAGGCCUCCAGAGGCACCAUGGAGGCAAAAUGGGCUGGGUAGAGAGCAGGACUGGAGCUUCCUCACCAGGGUGCUGCCUCUGGCCUCGAUCUCCCCAUCUACACAGCAGAGUCACGCCACUGGAAAGGACGGCCAGUCCAGCCCCUUCCUGGAGUGAGGCCCCCAGCCAGCGGGGAUGUGGUGGCUGCUUAACUGUUCUGCUUUCUUCCCUAGUUAUCAAACUGUUACCUAGUUAUGGUGUGCAGGGGAGGGGCAGGGACUUAGGACCAAAGGUGGGAGGUAAGCUCCUUUUUCUACCCUGGUAAAUAGCCCCAGCCUUCUUGGGGCUAUGCUGAUUAAGAAAUGGGAUCACUCAGGAGGAUGGCUUAAGCCCAGGAGUUUGAGGCUGCAGUGAGCCAUGAUCGCACCACUGCACUCCAGCUUGGGAGACAGCAGGACCCUGUCUCUAAAAACAAAGAAAAAAGACAAGGAGAUGGAAUUAAAGCCCAGAGGUCCUCCCUUUCUCAAAGCCACCACUAGUUCUCUGUGACCAUGGAAAACUACCCUCAGCCCCAUUGCCUUUUGCCUCUGGUCAGUGGGUUUUGCGGGAUUCUGAGGUGUCUCCCCACUCGCCCAGCUCUGGGCAGAGCAGCUGGGCUGGGCUGGGGCUGAGCUAACUAGAACCUGGAAGCAGGGCUCGGGGUUCUGGCUGUGGCCCCAUUCCUGGCUUGGUCCAGCCUCGUUAGCUUUGGUCCAGGUUCCUGAAUGGUGCCUCCCCGCCCACCUUGUGUUGGGAGUGUGAGCAUUAGAGGGGAAGAGGGCGGACAGGAAGGGAGGGUCAGUUAUUUUACAAGUUUUUAAAAAGCUAUAGGUAAGUUAACUUU